UUUUUUCUCAUUCAUGGAGGAGUCCCCCUUCUAGGUCUGGAGUCCGCUACACGCAGCUUGUGCAUAGCAGCCAUAACACCACACUUCAAAUCAAACAACCCACAGUGAACAUUCAAAGGAAACAACAAAAAUGGAAGACGUGAUAACAGAAGCAGCACCCCCAUCAAGACUCCUAGAAGAAGACCUAAACAAUUUCACACCACCAUCCAAACCUCUUCCUUCCCCCUUCCUCCUCUUCCCCCACACUCAUCAACCACUACAACCCCUCAAACCAAACCUCCUCAUCAUCGCCAUCUCUUCCCCUUCUCUCUCCCUCUUCCAAUCCAUCCUCAACUCCCAAACCCUAACCGCCUCACUCAUCCUCCCAGAACUCCCUCUCUCUCAUCCCGACAACACCAUUGACAUCCACUCCAUCUCAUCCAAAAUCCUCCUCGCCGCCGUUCGUACCCCGAUCUCCGAUACCCGCGCUUACGCCGUCGCCGAGGUUCUCUUAAAUAACCAGAUCCGUCCUGAUUCGGUUAUUAUACUCGAUUCUAUCCAGCCGAUGAACCACCGCGGGUUACUUUCGUCUGACGAAGCUGUUGCGUUCAAGCUGGAGAGCUCGGCUGAGAGGAAGAAGGCGGUUGAGGAGAAAUUGUUGGGUGGAUUGCAGUAUUACCCGUCUGGUAGCGUUGUUGACGGGCUUGCUGCCGCCAUUCUUGGAAGGUGCCAGAUUCUGAACCUUAGGGCUAGCUUGUGUGUUUCUUGGCCUCAAUUUGAUUCUUCUGUUGUGUUGUUGUUGAAGGAUUUGAUUCGGCCUUUGGCGGAAUUUGAUUUCGGUUUGAAUGGGGAUGAGGCUUUGAAAUUUGGGAGGAGUAGGGAUCAUGUUUUUCAAUCUCAUCUGUAUAUUUGAUUUAUGGAUAGUGUGACUCUUUAAAAUGUGAUUCUGGAUGAUUUGAAUGUUUUGAUAGAUGAGAUUUUAUGUUGAUUUAGCUGGAUUACGAUGGAUAUGAAUAUGAUGUUUGUCUUGCUAGGUCAAUUGCUUGCAAUGUUUAUAUUUGGCCAAUCCUUAUGCUCUUUUGAAUUGAA